AACGAGGGCGGGGUUAGAACGCUCCACGUUAACCGCUCCAGUUGUUCGACUUUAACCGCUGCCACCCGCGCGAGGAAACGAACUCUCUCCGGUAGUGGGAGUCGAUUCAGGUUUUAUUUUUUUAUAUCAACCGAAACGAAAGCUUAACCAUWAAAUAAACGCGUUCAAACCGCGCWAAAAUAAAAUGGCUUCGUUGAGUAACGCGUCCGCGGAGGAAAUCAGCAAGAUGCUGGAUGAAUAUGGAAUAAARCACGGACCUGUGGUCGAGAGUACCAGACAUCUUUAUGAGAAAAAGCURAAGGAAGCCAUGGCAAAAGGAAAAAAGGCUCCAYCAYCAUCAUCAUCAUCAUCAUCUGAUAAAACAUACUACAGAGAGGAGGAAGAAGAAGUCACGUAUGUUUACAGAACACCGAUCAGAAACGAAAGCCCUGGAGACAGAGCGGCUUAUAUGAGAUCAAGACCAGAAAACAAUGAGAGGGAAUAUGGACACGAGACGUCCUACUCAGGCUACUCACAGUCGAGGCCUGAAUACAGAGGGAAAGAUUUUGCUGAGCAGCCCUACAUGUACGACACUCCGUCCACGUUCAGCAACUCCUCUCUGAAAGCGACGCCUGUGAAGUCGAGUCAAGCAGCUCAGAAGGCACAGAAGUCGACCCGCCUCAUCCCUCUGUGGGUACAGUUUUUCUUCUUCCUCGCCGUGGCGUUCUUCCUCUACUUGGUUUUCUCCAACAUGGAGACAAAUGAAUCCAUCCAAGGACUGGAGUGAAUGUGUUUUUCUGGAACUGACAUUGGGGGGUGGGGGUCUUMUAUAUUAUUCUGCAUUUAAAAUUGGGGGAUGUACUGUAGUUAUUUUAAACCUUGCUUAAAUUGUGGUUUAUGCUAGAUAUAAAUACAUAAGUGUGUGUUUCUAGCACACUUUGCUUGCUUAUACCCUCCUACAUGUCAGCUUUUAAAUUUUUUUUUCUCUGAGGUUCAUUAAAGCACCGUGUCAAAUGGAAAAAAUUAGUGAAAACACUAAAUCUUUAUAAGAGGAUCGCAGUGCUCUGUCCUUCCAGAUAGUUGCAGUGUGGUUCCUUCACUGCUCUGAUUACCUGUUUUGGGAGUCAGAUUGUUGCAUAAUGCUCUUAUAUAAUAAAGCAAAUAAAAGCACUGCACUGUUUUGUACCAAAAACCAUUGUAUUUUAUUGGAAGCUUCCAAAGUUGAACAAAUCCUUCUGAAUCCUCUCCUUCCUUAAACUCUGCAGUGUUAUUUUAAAGUCAGUAUAAAGUGUUAUAAUGUAAUUCAGUCCUGAUGCUUUAUUUUACUUAUUCAUGUUACGUUUGAGCUCAGGUUGGCCAGAUUUUUAAUUCAAGUGCCUUUGUGUUUAAUUAGCUUUAUUAGUUGUGUAACUAUGGUUUAUUGGUUAAUAUACACAAGUGAGAGGGCUGUCGAGUAAAGUUACAAAAUUACAACACAAUAUGUUAAGUAUCAGAGAUGCCACAUUUUUUUUUGUACUGCAUAAUCCAUAUAUAUUCCAGGUUUGUUUGUAAUGUGUUUUGUAUUUUGGUUUCGCAAUAUAAUAAAGAGCUUAUAUAUGUAAA